AUGGACCUCUCUCUCCCCUGGGGACUCAACAGCUUAGGGUUAAGGGCUCUCCUCAUCCUGGUCCUCCUGACCUGCGACUCCCUACAGAGACCCCUGGCAGCCAACAGCAAUGGCCUGGUGGCUGACGACGGCCACCGAGGGAGCCCUGGACUCAUCCAGUGUGGGGAGUACAGCAACCAGGUCUUGCCCAAUGGGAGGUGCAAAAUCAUAGCCACCCUGCCGCAGCUGGAUGAGCAACGAUGCCCAGAUAUGUUCCGUUGCACCGACGAAGUCUCCUACUGGCUCCACGAGAACGAGGAACGGAAGCAGCAGAUCUUGGAGCUGCGAGAACUCAUCUCGGAGCUUCAGGAGGAGCUCCGGAACCAUCGCCACCGGAUCAAGGUAUUGGAGCUGCAGCACGAAGAGAAAGCCAACCGGAACUCCACGGUGGAGCAGCGGGUUCAAGAGCUGGAGCAGCGCUACCAUGAGGCGGCCGCCCUCCAGCACAUGCAGGCGGCUCUGCUCUACGACAUGCAGGCUCAAGUGCACAACAUCUCCCUGCUGAUGGAGUGGGUGCGGCAUCACCCCGGCUGCUUCGUCCCGGCCGAGAUGCAGCUGCAGCAGGAGAUGCACUACCCAGAUGCGAAGCACGCCAAGAACUGCCCCAUCGACUGUGCCUCCAUAUACUACAACGGGAUCCGUCGGUCAGGCAUCUACAGCAUCAUGCCCUCUGCGGAAGGGCUACCCAUGGAAGUCCUGUGCGAGAUGGACAUUGAAGGUGGAGGCUGGACCGUCAUCCAGCGGCGGCAGGACGGGACCGUCAACUUUACGAGAACAUGGGAUGAAUACAAAGAAGGUUUUGGAGUUUUGCAUGGGGAAUUCUGGAUGGGCAACGAGAACAUUCACAAGAUCACAAACCAGGGGGACUACUCUCUCCGCAUUGACCUGGAAGACUGGAACCAUAAGCACAAGCAUGCCUUCUACCAGUUCUUCAGCAUCGAAGACGAGGCCAACUAUUACCGCCUGCAUGUGGAAGGCUUCAGCGGGACGGUGGAGGACUCCUUCGCCUGGUACCACAAUAAGAGGAGCUUCAGCACGCCCGACACCGGGAACAUCUGUGCCGCCAUCUCCCACGGGGGCUGGUGGUAUCACCAGUGCUUCUUCUCAAACCUCAACGGAGUGUAUUACAAGAGGAGCUUCAGCACGCCCGACACCGGGAACAUCUGUGCCGCCAUCUCCCACGGGGGCUGGUGGUAUCACCAGUGCUUCUUCUCAAACCUCAACGGAGUGUAUUACAAGGGCGGCCGGUACUCUCUGAAAAACCGGAAGAUCCUGGGACCAGACGGGGUGGUUUGGUACACCUGGAAGGACACCGAUUAUUACUCCCUCAAGAAGGUCAGCAUGAUGAUCCGGCCGCGCACGUUCCGGCCCCACCUCUCGCCAUGA